GUCCACAGAGCCAGGUUUUACCUCAUAUCUUGCCUUCAGUAUGCAGUCACAAAGCGCACUCCAGUCUUUAUUCUGUGCCAUCCUUCCACAAGUCCUGCACUUACCCACAUUGAUCAAGCGGCACUCCUCACUCACGUGGGGCAUUGAUUCGCAGUGUGAACACGUGGCUCAGUAAAAAAAAAACCGGAGUAACCGUGGGUUUUUGACCCCAUUGUCUUCCGUUGAUUUUAUUUGGAGGCGGUGCCUGCAUUAGUUAGUCAGUCAGUCAGUCAGUCAGACGCGUUGGUUCAAAACGUCGGGCAAAGAUACGAACAAAAAGUAGGUUUUUUUUUUGGGACUGUAAACGAGACAGGGGACAUGCAAUAAGCUCUAGGAGGUAAUCGGUGCGCAAUUCACGUCAGUCAUAAUUCUCUUGUAUGUUCUUAGAGCGAGUAGGAGAACACGCCCGCUCCGCCUGAUACACAGUGCGCUUCGCUGCGCUCUGCUCUGCCAGCACUGACCCUCCGUGGGACGCGAUUAUAAAACUCACUCCUUCUUUUUGUUCCGUUUCUGACCGUGCGGGAAUAUGAACAAGCUAUACAUCGGUAAUGUAAGCGAGCAGACGAGCGCGCUCGACUUGGAAACUAUCUUUGAGCAGUGGAAGAUACCGUUCAGCGCGCCCUUUUUAGUCAAAAGUGGCUACGCGUUCGUGGACUGUCCCGACGACAAGAUCGCGAUGAAGGCCAUUGACACACUUUCAGGAAAAGUAGAACUUCAUGGAAAACUUCUAGAGGUAGAACAUUCAGUCCCCAAACGCCAAAGUAUGCAAGAGAAGCAUGGAUGCCCCCCACCCCACCCCCCACCCCCACCCCGAAUGCAUCAACUACAGGGGAGCUGUAAGUUGCAGAUCAGGAAUAUCCCCCCUCACAUGCAGUGGGAGGUGUUGGAUGGAUUAUUAGCUCAGUACGGCACUGUGGAGAAUUGUGAACAAGUCAACACGGACAUGGAGACGGCCGUAGUGAAUGUGCGUUAUGCAGAUAAGGAGCAGGCCAGACAAGCAGUUGAGAAAUUGAAUGGUUUCAUGAUGGAAAGCUAUGCACUGAAGGUCUGCUACAUACCAGAUGAGACUGUGCUGUUUGAUCCCCCAACUCCGGGUAGCCGGAGAGGAGGCGUGCCACGUGGCCCCCCGCGCCAGGCCUCACCCUCUCUGGGAACUCGCCCUAAGCUGCAGUCUGACAUUCCGCUGCGCAUUCUCGUGCCCACCCAGUUUGUGGGUGCCAUCAUUGGCAAAGAGGGUGCUACCAUCCGCAAUAUCACCAAACAGACACGCUCGAAAAUCGACAUCCAUCGUAAGGAAAAUGCAGGAGCCGCAGAGAAACCAAUAACAGUCCAUUCAACUCCAGAGGGCUGUAGCUCUGCCUGCAGGAGCAUCAUGGAGAUCAUGCAGAAAGAGGCCAUGGAAACAAAAAUCACUGAGGAGAUUCCUCUGAAGAUCUUGGCUCAUAAUAACUUUGUGGGGCGUCUAAUUGGAAAAGAAGGACGCAAUCUGAAAAAAAUUGAACAAGACACAGGGACCAAAAUCACCAUCUCCCCACUCCAGGACCUGACUCUUUAUAACCCCGAGCGAACAAUCACAGUGAAGGGCCCAAUUGAGGCAUGUACCAGAGCUGAAGAGGAGGUCAUGAAGAAAAUUCGAGAGGCUUAUGAGAACGACGUGGCUGCCAUGAACCUCCAAUCUAAUCUUAUUCCUGGCCUGAAUUUGAAUGCUCUGGGUCUUUUCCCGGGUGGGACGUCGGGAGCAGUCUCCCCCUCUAUGGCACCAGGACCUCUGUCUGGAGCACAAGCUGGAUACCCUUCUUUUGGGCAGCAGCCCGAGUCUGAGACGGUGCAUCUCUUUAUCCCUGCGCUGGCGGUGGGCGCCAUCAUUGGGAAGCAGGGCCAGCAUAUAAAGCAGCUCAGCCGCUUUGCUGGUGCAUCGAUAAAAAUUGCACCGGUUGAUGGGAUGGAUGCCAAGCAGAGAAUGGUCAUUAUUUCAGGGCCACCAGAGGCCCAGUUCAAGGCUCAGGGACGUAUCUUUGGAAAGCUGAAGGAAGAGAACUUUUUUGGGCCAAAGGAAGAAGUCAAACUAGAAGCUCACAUUAAAGUGCCAUCAUUUGCUGCCGGCAGGGUCAUUGGUAAAGGGGGUAAAACGGUGAAUGAACUUCAGAACCUAACCAGUGCGGAGGUGGUUGUCCCCCGUGAUCAGACUCCAGAUGAAAAUGACCAAGUGGUAGUGAAGAUAACUGGCCACUUCUAUGCAAGCCAGCUAGCUCAGCGAAAGAUUCAGGAAAUCCUCUCACAGGUGAGGCGGCAGCAGCCCAAAGUCUCACCUAGUGGGGCUCCAAUACCACGGAGGAAAUAAUUUCCCCAGCGCAUGGUGAUGAAGAGGAGAAGCGGGACAUGGGACAUGCCCAUCUCUAGAGUUCACAUCACCCACCUCCUGCCAUUUCUAUGAGAAUCUAUUUUCUGAACACGGCUAUGAAAACUAUUCCUCCCCUUUCACUGCCGUAGUGUGGUACCUGCACAAUGCUAUUUUUUCCCUUCUUGUAUUUUCACCUUUAACUCUGUGCAUUUUGGUUAUACAUUUUGAGUUUUUCAUGUAAAAGUCAAGGCAUUGCUCUCCUAGCCUGGCUAGGGGUGGGGUAAUAAAAGCUCUGGGUAUGUGAUGGGACUGGAAGUGGUAAAAUAUUUUGUCCCAGUAUUACUAAUGGCAUUUUAGAAAUUCAGAUGCGUUUUAUGAAGAAAAGAGUUAUGUAGAUAUGAGAUGAACUAUGAAAGGAGGCAGAACUGCACUGCCACUGUCGAUCUACAGGAAGUGUUUAUUGGCGUUAGCCAGGAAACCGAGUUAAUAUGCAUUUUUACUGAUCUACCUCAGGCUAGAAUACCUCAGAGAAAAAAAAAAGUCAAUGAUUAAAUGAAGUUUGUUUUUUUAUUAUUAUUAUUUUGCUUUGUGGUAUUUUGUAUACUUUAUAAAACCUAAUAGUUCUUGAACAUUAUUUUUUUAAGAAAAAGUAAGCCUUCUGUUAACGCGAGUCCCUUACGCCCCACUUUAUUUUUAUGAUGCAGACCGAUAACUGUACAUAAUAAUGUCUGCACAUGUAGGUAAGUUAGUAAGUAAGGAGGUUUAAGGGGCUCGCUGUUUGCAGAUAAGAAUAUUGUAAAGCGCCUCAGUGUUGCAGAGGAGCCGCCAUCUUCUGGGGAGAAAUAUAUAUAUAUAUAUAUAAUAUUUGCCGAAGAAUGCAGAGCAUACAUACUGCAGUGAUGCCGUUUAGUUUAUCAAUUAUAUGAAUAAGAUAUUGGCAGGUGCAUUUUCCCCACAAACGUUAAGUUAGCUUUCAGGGAUUAGCUUCAGCGUUCAGGGAUCGUGUUAAUUCCUGCUGUAACACACUGAUGCGCCUUCAACAGAUGAUCACAGCCCAGCCCUUUGUGGCACGUGUGCAUUUAUUUUUCUUUUCCCAGCCUUUAUUAUUGACCUUAUUUUUGGGCUGGUUUCCAUCACACCAGGGUUUUCCACACUGCAGACAAGUCUCCAGCACUGCAUAGUGAGGUUUUGGGGGAGUCACUGUUUCAGAUACUUUUGAUGUUACAAUACUAAUGGAUGCGUCUUUAUAGCCAGCAGUUAGAAAUGGAUGUGAAACAUUUCUUCAUUUCUUUUUUUUUUUUUUCGUCUUAAAGUUCAAGUUUAGAAAUGCAAGAAGAAGCAAAUCUUUUAGAAGAUGGAGGAAAAACUAAAUUUCUUCUUUUUUUUUUUUUUUUUUUUUUUUUCUUCAUACGAAUGUAAAUAUGAUUGUGGUAAAUGGGCAUGUUCAUGCUUCCACACUAGUAAUGAUGUCUACCUCAGCUGAUUCAAAGGUGGGUGGCUUUGAAGCUUGUGCCUCUGCUACCUUGUUAAAAAUCUGAUCCCGAUAGGUCGAGUCCCUCGUGCACACCAGUGUUCUGCUUUGGCUCAGUGUUUCGUGUCUUGCGUUCACAGGAGGGGCACAAAGUGAUGGUUUUUGUUGGUUUUUAUUUUAUUUUUCCUUCUUAUGCUAUUGUUGAUCUACCUCUUGAACACAAUUGAAUUAGAGGCAUAAUACUAUGUUUGAAUUUAGGGUCAAUUCUCAGUUACUUUGCCCUGCCAGAAAAAUUUAUAAAUAAAAUAAAUCAUGCAUUGUUCUAUUUGACAAAUUAGUGAUUUUUAAUGUUUUCUUUUUGCUGCAUUGUGAACUGAUUACUGAUUUAAAUCCUCAACGUGUUGCUUUUUCUGUUUUUUGGUUUUGGAGGUGUGGCUUCCAUGUAUUUUUUUUUUCUUUUCUUUUCCCUCUCUCAUAUAUAGAUAUUAGCAAAACAUUGGGGUUUGAUCAAUAACCCAGGAGUUUUUUUCUCUCUCUCUCUCUCUGUAUUCUUUAAAAUAGACUCUCAUUCUGAUUUAUGAACUUCAAACGAGUCAAAUGUUUAACUCUUACUUGCGUUAAACUCUUUCUAAUAUACAAUUUCUUGGCUGUCUUGUGUGGUGAGUCAUGUUUCAGUGGGAAUGUGAUGUGGAGUUUACAGAAAGUGGUCCAAUUUCAGCAUGAGCCACAAACCUCCCCAACCGUGCUUGUGCCCUAACACACUUCCACUUGUCAAAUGCCUCUGAGGAAAUUGAAUAAAAGAUGGCAUGUUGGCUCCUAAAAA